AUGCUAUCAAAUCGAUUUCCAUACAUUGCUGUUAACAAUAAAAAUUAUCAGAAAAUAUGUAAAAUACAUACAUCCUCAUUUAGCCGAGCAUCUUUUAAAGCUGGCGAUAAAAUAAGAAUACAAAAGACACUAACCCAAAAGGACUUGGAUACUUUUUCGAACCUUACAAGUGAUCACAAUUAUCUCCAUAAAAAUAAUGGGAACAAGAGGCCCAUUGUUCAUGGGGCUUUCUUAAAUGGUCUUGUGGCUGGUCUGAUCGGUACUCACUUACCUGGACCGGGUACAGUCCUUGUAUCACAAACAAUGAAAUUUCCGAAUAAAUGUUUUGUCGGUGAAAAAUUGACUAUAAGUGUAGAAUUAGUGGAUGUGAGGAAAAUCCUCAAAGUAAAGUUUUUCUGUAUAGUAGAGGAGGAGAAAAAGGUUGUGUUUGAAGGUGAAGCUAAACUGAUGCUUGCUAAAGAUUCUUAG